AUGGCCGGCCUGAUUUCCAAUGCAAGCAAACAAGGAACUAUACUGAAUAUACGUCCAUAUAGGAAAUUGAAGGUCGGCUACGUCGCAGAUUUCCAAUGUAGAUAUAAGGGGAAAUAUACACUGAAUAGAUUCACCAUGAAUAAUCCAAAAUGUGGAUUGGUGUCUAUAUCAGCGAAUCAACCUGGCACCGUUCCUUUGAAGAAGAUCGACACUCGGGUGUCAAUUUACGGGUUUAUCGCCAACGUGAAGUCAGACCUCCAUUAUGUUAACGAAGCUGAUGAGAGCAUUGAGACAGAUUUUGUGUUUCCCCUGGACUCAGACGCAGCCGUCUACAAGUUUGAGGCGGAGAUAGACGGUAGAACGAUUGUAGCAGAGGUCCAGGAAAAAUCUCAGGCGAAGGUCACUUAUGUGGACGCUGUCGAAAGCGGCCUCACUGCUGUGUACAUGUCAGAAGACGACGAUGCAGGGGAUAUAUUUCGUGUGAGAGUAGGAAAUCUGCCGGCCAAAAUGGCCGCCAAACUGACAUUCUCCUACGUUCAGGAACUGGCUCUUAGCUGUGACCAGACAGGGACGUUCAUGCUUCCGAUGGUCCUGAAUCCUCGUUAUACCCCUGACUGCACACCAACUGAUCAACCAAAUGAUGAAGAAACUGAAGUAUCAAAUUCGUUGGAAAACCAGGUACAACCAACGAUGACGUCACUAUCGGAAGUCGGUGCUGUCUGUUACUCAGAUUUGACCGUUAACCUGGCGGUAGAAGUUGCUGGGGGUAAAAAUCUAAUGAUGUCUGAAAAUAAAAUGGAAUUUGAUGUCUUAGGAGCUAUAAUAGGAAAUAAGAUGUCAACUUCGAAGCAACUAAAGCCUGGUUCGGACUUUUCUAUUGUACUGAAUUACAAAGGUUUUGAGAAACCAGGAGCUCUUCUGGAGAAAGGCAGAACAGACGGAGGUGCGUUUUUGUCAUCAGAUGUGUUGAUGGUUAAUUUUGUUCCUGAAAUCGAGGAAGCAGACAGAAAUAUGCCCUGUGAAUUUGUGUUUGUUAUUGACCGUUCUUGUUCAAUGAGAGGGGAACGCAUUGAGAAAGCAAAGGAAACCCUUCUUUUGUUAUUAAAAAGCCUGCCUGUCAACUGUAUAUUUAAUGUCGUCAGUUUCGGAACAAACUUUUCUUCCCUCUUUUCUAAGAGCCAGCCGUAUACUGAGAGUACUUUGAAAGAAGCUUUGUCUCUACAAGAAAGUAUGACAGCAGAAAUGGGAGGUACCGAGAUCUUUAAACCACUGGAGAGCGUAUUUAAAAACAAAUCGUCCGAUUCUUAUGCUAGACAGAUAUUUUUGCUGACUGAUGGACAGGUUAACAAUGUUAAAAAAAUAGUUGACCUUGUACAAAAGCAGAAAAACACAAGAGUUUUCACUUUUGGGAUUGGAGACGGUUGCUCCACAGAGCUUGUAAAAGAUGUUGCAAGAGUAAGCAACGGAAAGGCCACCUUUGUAAAAGACAACGAUCGCCUUCAAUCAAAGGUUAUGUACGUCUUGAGGUGUAGCAUGACUCAUGGGAUAUCUGACGUCUCCUUACAAUGGAGCCUACCAAAAGAAUGCUGUGUUAUCAAUAUCCCAGAACAAGUGCCUGCAAUUUUUCCAGGAGAAAAAACGAUUCUGUAUGCAGUUUUAUCGGGAGAUAUUCCAAAGGAUUACUCGGACAAGAACUCUCUGAAGUUGAUUGGGAAAGCUGGCAACAAGUCAGUAGAGUUUUCAUUUGAAUUUGAUUUCAACUUGGAUACAUGCAGUGGCGUUGAUUUUUCAUUCCCACUGCACAGACUGGCUGCAAAAACAAAACUGUCGGAAAUGGAGCUUCAACGUAUUACUGAUACUAUAGUGACUACACUUAGCGUUGAAGUUAAUAUUCCAUGUAAACACACAGCAUUUGUGGGUGUGGAUAAAGACAACAAACUUGUAGUUCCACUACUACGACCUAAAUAUAUGAUAGCCUGUUGUUUCUGUGGAGACUCGGCAGAAGAAUUAAAGUCAUUCAGCUUAUCAAGUGAUGUACAGUCGUUUCAACGCAAGGCGUCAUAUGGUUUUAGUGGUUCUACGACCCAAGCGAGGUCAUCAACGUCUUCACGUAGUAUUGGUUUAGGAAAGAGGAUUUCAAAUGUUUUUAACGGUUCUGGUUUUUUUGCAAAGAAAAAGCCUGAAGCGAAACGAAACUUAUGGACAUCAAACGAAGUAAAGAAUAGUGGAUUAGAUUCCCAUAUGGAUCAGCAUUUGGACAUGGACGGUAAAUUUUCGCAAGAUGAAUUUGAUAGGGGCAGCGACUCUAAAUCUGCUGAAGGACAUCCUUCAUCGAAAAUGGUUCAGUUAAUUGAAAAACAGAAGUUUGACGGAUCAUGGACGCUUGAUGAAGGCUUAUGUGGAAUUCUAAAUACUGGGCUUCAAAAAAUCAAGGAUGCGGCUGUUGUUAAAGAUUUGGAUGUUUGGACUACAGCCAUCAUAAUUGCAGUCUUUCGAAAAGAAUUUGAUCAACAUAGAUCAGAAUGGAAAUUGAUAGAAGAGAAAGCCCUGAAAUGGCUGAAAACUAAAGAUCUUGAGGGGGAAGAUGUUGUUCAAGAAGCCAUGACAUUUUUGACGACGUAAUUUACAUUUUAAAAAAUGUUUUUCCUCUUGAAACUGUUAUUUAUUGAUUUUACAUUAAUUGCAAAUGCAUUAUAUGUAUAUUGUUGGAACUGUUUUAUUAGUCCCCUUCCUGUAAAACUUUUUUGUUUGGGUUAGGUUUGAUUUUAAUCUUCCGGUUUAAUUUCAUAAUGAUGCCCUACAAAUAAAGUUUGAUAUUUUUUACUUUUAAUCAACAGUAACUAUUUCUUGGAAUAUUCUUAUUGUUAUUCUUAUUUACGAUUGGUUAGUGAUGCACCCGAUCAGUAUUCCAAUUAGUUAAGGUGAGAAAAGAGAAUAUGGGAUAUAUCAUGCAGAUGCCACUGUACCAUUCUCUCCAACACAGCAAUUAUCACUGAUCGAGUUUGAUUUUUGUUGCUUUUAUCACGAGGUGUUACAGUUAUAAAGUUUUGAAAAUCUUUAGUAUUUGUGAUCGUGUUUGUCCAAAUUUUAUAUUUCCUGAUGCACAUCUUCGAGUAUAAGGUCUCUCUGUAAGACCGUACGUUUGAUGUUCAAACAUCCUGGAUGCGGGGGAUAUGAGAGGCAUUGUACUCCUAUGUACUUUUGAUAAAUCUUAUUUUACUAAAUGCCAAGCAUAUUUCCGUAAAAAUGAGUAUAUCAAAUUAAACAAAAUUUAUUUAGCUUUUCAUGAUGAUUUUUGGCAUUUUGUUUUCAAACACUUUUGAGCGUACGCUUUAGAACAGAAAACAUUAGGGCAAUGACAUAAAUGUAUUCAUUUAAUGUAUGUCUGUAGGCCAAAUUUUGGUUGAAAAGGAGUAAUUUGAGUAGUUUUCAUUCCGAGUUUACGCCCCAUUUAUAUGUGUAUAUAUGUUGUAUCAUUGCGUGUAAAUCAUUUAAUCAGCUAUAUGUUAUGAUUUUAAUGUAGGCUACAUCGUAUUGUCCAUGUCUCGAUACAAAUCCAGCAUAAGAAAUAUACUCUGGUUUUCAGUCUUAUUAAUUUCAAGUGCGCAAAUUUCGGACGUGUUUAUUGUAAAGAAAGAAAUGGUUUGAAUCCGUUCUUUUGACGUUUUUUUUAUUGUACACUGUUUGAUCAAUUAAACAACUUCUAUUGUUUCAAAUGGAUGGAUUCAAAUGGAAAAAAAAAUGUACAAAGUGUAUUAAAACAUUAUCAAAAUA